AUGGCUUCCAAUCAGCCACUUGCCGUGACGCCCAAACCUCUGUCCAUGAUGACCGAGUUAUCACCACUCGUCUCCAUCUACGAGUCCAAGAACGCUGCCGUGCCUCCAUCCACAUCCGCGCCGGCGCCCAGGCUCAUCCUCAUGGCGUCAUGGAUGGACGCGCAAGACGUCCACAUCGCCAAAUAUAUCACGCAAUACCAAGCAAUCUACCCAACCUCAUCCAUCCUGCUCGUCAAAUUCUUCAUGAAGGAAAUCCUCUUCGUCUCCAUGGCGCAGAAAGCCGUGCAAACCGCCAUCUCAUACCUACGGUCGCAAAUAGACGCAGGGACAUUAUCAGCGUCGCCAACGCAGCCCGAGAUCCUCGUGCACCUCUUCUCAAACGGCGGGGCCAUCUCCAUGCGAGAGAUCUACCUAUCCUUCAAGCAGACGACCGGGGGCCAGCCGUUUCCAUCACACACCGCCGUGUUCGACUCGUGUCCCGGCGUGUACAGCUCCAAAAACGUCUACAACGCCUUCCUCCUCUACGGCUUCCCCCAGGGCCUCAAGCGCAUGAUCGCGAGGCCCUUCGUCGCCAUGCUGGUCCUUACGCUGUGGGUGUUCUUCCGCCCGCUCCGGUUCCUCGCCGGCGAGGACCCGCUGGCGAAGAGCGCGAGGAUUCUUAAUGACAGGAGGCUUGUGAGGCAGACGAACCGCGCUUAUGUAUAUGGUACGGUGGAUACUAUGGUUGACUGCCGCCAUGUCGACGCUCAUGCUAAGGCGGCGGUGGCGAAGGGAUAUGAUGUGCGGAGGGAAGUAUAUGAGAGGAGUCCCCAUGUGUCGCAUAUGAGGACUGAUACUGAGCGGUAUUGGAAGAUCUUCACCGAGAUCUGGGAGAAGGCCGUCAGUACGGUAUAG